AAUUGGCGGUCGCACAAGUGGUACGCGGCGGGCGUUUGGCUUAGAACAACUCCUACGCGAGCGCGAGAGAGUUAGAGCUCACAGUGCAACAGUGAACAAACCAGAAGAGGACUUUUGAUAGACGCGCUCAAGACGCACAGUUUUCGUUAGUGCAGCUGCAGAGGCGGAUCGUCGCUUUGCAAGUGGAGAGAAAAUCUUGCCCACCAUAUAUUUCCCGCUGUCAGCGGCUCAAACAAUUACGCUAGAUAAUCCACAACUCGAGGGGCGAGUAAUCGCUUGCGACUGCAAACCAUGAGGCGAUUCGCUCUGACGACCCUGUCGUUGACUCUUCUGCUGGCGUCGUGUCUAGUGGCCGUCGCCGAGCAAGAGGACGAUCUGUUGGACGAUAGCGCCAGUGAGGAUUUCGACGAGGAAGACGAGGAUCUGUUGCGCCAGAUCGAGGCUCGCCACGUGCAGCGCGAGUUCGAGAAGGAGGACCAAAUGGCUCGCGAGCUGGCGGCCAAGAUUGCCGCCGAGCACUAUAACUUCCCGGAGGACAUUGAAAAUGCACCCCGGUUGGUGGAUCCGUGCAAGGGUUCCCGCUGCGGAUCGGGACGAAUCUGUCAGGCCAAUGGCAACAAAGCCGAAUGUGUUUGCAUUCCCGAGUGCCCCGAGGAGUCCGACAGCAGGAGGAAAGUUUGUACGAACUUCAACGAGACGUGGGAGUCAGCUUGCGAGGUGCACCGGCAGCGAUGUCUGUGCAACACGGAUGAUCCGCGAUGCCGCGGCGAGGAGGUGAAGCAUGUCCACAUUGACUACUACGGAAACUGCAGAAGCAUGCCGGACUGUUCCGAGAAUGAUUUGGCGGACUUCCCACGUCGCAUGCGUGACUGGUUGUUCAACGUGAUGCGUGAUUUAGCCGCCCGCAAUGAAUUGCCCGAGGCCUACAUGGAGCUGGAAACCGAGGCCGAGGCGAACAUUACGAAACGCUGGACAAAUGCUGCCAUCUGGAAGUGGUGCGAUUUGGAUGGUCAUCCUAACGACAACUCGGUCUCGCUUCACGAGCUGUUCCCCAUUCGGGCUCCUCUGAUGGCGCUGGAGCACUGCAUCGCACCGUUCCUGGAGAGCUGCGAUCCCAACAAUGACCACAGGAUUACCCUGCAAGAGUGGGGUAAAUGUUUGGAGCUGGAAGAGGAUGACCUCACCGAUCGUUGUGCCAAGAUCAACAAGGAGGAUGAGCUCGAAAAAAUUGAACUCAUGAUGGCGGAUGCCUCUUAGAGCAUAAAGAAUGUUAAGGUGGUCGAAUCAACAAAUACUCGCUUCAUGCUCUUUUUCGUUGUAAAAAUAAUAAAUAUUCAACAGAGUAUAAGAAAAACAAUUUAAAGUUACGCUAGAUCAAGCUGGAUCCGGCAUCAUGUGAAGCCUAUUGUUUAUUAGGUGUACCAUUAAGGAUGAACUGCCGGAUAAAUUAGAAUCACUAAUUGCCAUAUUUUGAGCUUCCAGUAACAAAUAUUGACAUAAAUAUUAUUUUAGAAAAUAAAACCGGUAACUCUGCUUUAGGCA